UGAGCCAGCCACACCGGUUUUAUUCGGAUUGAAAUAAACUUCCCUCUUACCGACUCCCGCUCCCGACCGAACAGUGAUGUGAGAUGGCUGAAGAAGAAAGAUUGACUGGUUCCUCUUCCGGCCCGAGCCCGAGCCCGGACCCGUGCCCUAUUUGCCUCUCCCCAACAACCCAAGAAUCCUAUUUGGAUCAGUGUUUCCAUAAAUUUUGCUAUAACUGCAUAGUUAAAUGGAUCAAUAUAGUUGCACGUGUGCAAUCUUGUACAUCUUCAACAAUGACUUGUCCUCUGUGCAAGAGAGAGAAUUUCUCCAUUAUUUGUGGAUAUGAUGGAAUUUCUUAUCAACGGCAUUAUGUUGGCAAGAGUUUGGAAAAUAGUGAAUUCUUUUCAGAAGCUCACAGAUAUAGGCUGAAAUGCUACUACACUGACUCAGGUGAUAUUGCUGAAAAAUUACAGGUUUCACUUUACUGGAAGUUUCGUAAGUAUCUACGGCAAAAUCAUUACCUGGCUGACUGGUUAAGGAGGGAAAUUCAGGCUGUAAUGCAGGAGGAGGAUACCGACAUUAUCAUGCAUCACGUACUUGGUGUCAUCGACUCAUUAAGAAGGGAUUGGUCGAAAAAGACAAGCAUCACAGCUGAAAAGGCACGAGAAGAGUUUAGAGUAGCAGUUUCGGAUGCGGUGAGGCCAUUUUUGACAGGGAGAACAGAGAGAUUUGUAGAAGAGUUAGAAGUGUUUGUAGCAUCAGGGCUCAACAUGGAUGCUUUUGAUCAAGUGUACAUUAAGCAUUUAGGUUGGGAAGAGAGUGAGAAGAAGGAAACUCGUCAACCUACUACACCUGCUGUGCCCUACUUGUACAUCUUUGAUGAAGAUGAAGCUGAAGCAGAAGAUAGAUGAUUAUCCUUUAUGCUCUUGUUAAAGGAGUUUCAACUUUGGCGGAAAUCACUUUGGUUAUCAGUUACUACAUGAAAGCAGAUGUUUGACCUUUCAGUCACAUAUAUUGCCAUGGUCCUAGCAUGAGGUCUAUGUCUAUAAUACUUUACCAAAUUUUAUAUAAUAAUAAUAACAAAACAAAAUGGUAGUA